GCUUGUUAAAAUCGACUAACCUCCAACGGUUAGGAAAAAUGGUAACAAAGCUUUCUUAAUUUGAUGUUUAUUUCUUCAUCUGCAAAUUUUAUUACCGCAUUAAGAAAGAUUUAAAUGAAAAGAAGAUAAAACUUCCAGGCAAACCUAGCCACAGUCAGUGUCCCCCACCCCACUGUGUCCCUACCUGAUCAGUGCCUCAUCCCUCCUCCUGUAGGAUGAACUCAUAGUGAGGCCGCGAGGAAAUUGUUGUGUCCAUGCGAGGCUAGUUUGGCGCCAAUUCAAAAUCUGUUUUGUUUUGCUCUCGAAGCAAAACAUUUGUCGAAUGUCGAACUCUAUGGCUGAAUCGAUUUAUUAAAUGGAUCUGCAAAUUGAACGACUCAAGAAAUAAUAUGAAAACAUGUCAUCAAGAAAGAGCAUCGGAAUGCAACAGAAACGCAAGCCUAACCCUAACAAGAAGAAAUCCUCCAGUUUCAACUUUUUCAGAAAGCCAAAUAAUUCAGGAGUGAAGACUUUCUCAGAGCAAAAAGAUCAGAGGCCUGAAUCAAGAUACACCUCAUUAAAAGCCAAUAAUAAUGAUUUAGCCAAGGCAUUAGAGAGAAGUCAUGUGAGAGAAUCAGAGCUAAAAGACCAGAUAUCACAACUACAAGAUGAUAACCUGGAUCUGAUAAAGAAACUUCAGUGUCUAAAAGAGAGUGAGGAGCAAGGGAAAUUGCAAUUUUGUUAUCACCAGCGAAUAUUCCUCGAGAAAUUGAUCGAAGCCGUUGAGGUAUUGACAAAUGCAUCAUUUUGCAGUGGUGAAAGCAAAGCCCAAGAAGAGAUGGAUGUAGUCGACUAUGGAGUCAAUAGAAAAGAUACCGUUCAUUUAGAUGAUAAAGAAUUGAGAGAACACCAGCCUAUACAAGACAGCUUUGUCACUUUGCGAGAAAGGCGCACAGGCAAGGAUGAUGCUGAGGCUUGGAACGAUUCCAUGUUCGACCUGAACCGAGAAAUGCAACAUCAAUCAGCCAUUGACGAAGAAGUAAAAUUUGGAGGUCACGGUACCAAUGCGCAAAGUGAUUUCAAAAAUCAAUGCGACAAACAGCCAUCCGAUUCAUCGCAAUGCAACUCCUGCAAUGAAGGUCUUCCUGAUGAAGCUAGAAGUACCGGACGGUCUCUCGUGAACAGGUCUGUCGCAUGUUGGGUGGAGCAAAGGCCAGAGCUAUUAGUAAAUUUGGCAACAUCUGGCACUGAUGGCUCGUUGACAAUGGAUGUCGACAUAGAUACGGUAGAAGCUAAUGGGACAGUCUCGGAGCAUAGCAGUAUGAAUGUUAUGAAAGAGCAAAAGUCAGCGACAUCACUUCUUCUUAGGCCUAUCGAUUGUGAAGAAAGAUUAGGUCAGGAAUGGACAUCGGGGAAUAACAUUUUAGACAUUAUUCCAGCAUCUAGCAACCGUCGAGAAAGGAGUUUUGUGAUACUAGAUGAAUCCCAAACAAAUCAGGGAACAACAAAUAAUUUGUUUGCAGCGCAAAAUAGUCCUUUAUACUCUCCAAGCUGUGUUUUAGGGAAACCUGUCAAAGACAAAGUCAUCCGCACCCAAUCGAUUGGAGACAGAAGAGAUUUGAAGCGAAGGCAGCUGAAGGAUAAGAGAGAAAGAAAGAGAAAUAACAAAUUGAGAAUAAAUAGCAGUAGAAUGAAUAUACAAAGAGAAAACAAAAGCAACCACGGGCAAAUGCUUAUACCGUUAGAAGAUAAGGAAAAUGUGGAUCCUUGCCGGUUAAAGUCUCGAUCGGUGAAAAGAUCUGCUGCUGAAAGAGUUCAUAUUCAAGGCGGGUGCUGCUCACCUAUGGCUAAGGUUGUCAAACGGUUGCUCACUCCAAUGCACACACGAUCACCUAUGAUGCGCAGACAAUCGAGACACAAGCGACAGGUCUCCUAUGUUGAACCAUCUUUGAACAAAAAACUAAGACGUGGUGAUCCAUGCACGGAUUCAACCCUUUACAAUUCGCCUCAUUUUGGCCAUAAACUUCGCUCAAUAGGCCAUAAUCUAAAGCGAUCUCCACUUGCUGAUCUUGGCGGUAUGAUCAGUGAAGAGCACAUCGAUUGAUAACUGCUAGGCAGUGGAAAGAUUCUGGUGCUUCGAUGCAUUUUUUCUCAAGAAGUCAGCGGAAAUUGACUUUCUCAGCAAUGGUGGUGGCCCGAGGAGUCAUUUUGAUAUGUUUCUUCAACUUUAUGUGAUAUAUUUCAGCUUCUUCUCUGUUCAAUAUUUCUUAUUCAUUUCUUUGUUUGAUGUUUUGCUUUCUUUCCUUUAUUUUUCAUUUUUUCAUCUUUUUAUUUUUCUUCCUUGUAUCCUCUGAAUUUUAGUGCCUAUAUUGCAGCUUUUUCUGGUUCGGAUAAAGGUAUAUCUUCCUUCUUUGAUAUCCCCUUCAAUGUUUUUUUCGUUAUUUACCUUUCAUUACCUAUAUUUAAGACGCCCAUUUAAACAGAAACUGUGUCUUUUCAUGAAAACAGGCGAUUCAAAUAGCAGGGUGGCCUUAAAAACCUCUAGCCUUAAAAACCGGAGACAUCAAUUUUUCAUCCUCUCUUAGAAACCAUUUUAAUUAAAGGCAAUUCCAAGGGUGGCAAAAACAAUAAAGACACUCCGUUCUUUAUGAUGUAUUUUAAAUAUAAAUAUUACCAAACUCGUUGAUAAUUUUAAAAAUUCGGGUUGUUGAUCAAAAUUUUGCUCUUUGUGCUAGUAUUCAUGUAGAAUUGUUCGUGUACCAUUCAUCAGCGCUUGUAUUGCAGGUGUUAAAUUACCUCAAAUCAACAAUCUUGACGCGUUUUCUCGGGUUUAUCUGAAUAUGCUUGUGUUAACCUGCGGGGUGUUCCUCAUGAAUAAUAAGAAACGUUGUAGAUAAACGAUCAAAGGGCUGAGCGGUGACUUUAAUGAAGAAUUCUGAUGAUUAUUCCAAAUUCGUUUUCAGUGCGACAUUAUGGCUGGCAAUUAUAAAUGCAUUUUUCCCAUAUCUUGUCAGUGAAUCAGAGAAGCUAUAACCUACGGACAGGGCCCACACUCCUGAGGGGGGGGAGUUGACCAUGGCCCCCACUUUUUUGCCAAGCAAGUAGUUUUAAAGCUGCAGUAAAAGAGGAAAGAAGCCUUGGCCCCCUAGUUUUGUUAGCCUUGGCCCCCACACUUCAAAUUCGUGGCGUUAGCCCUGACGGAAAAGGGCAAAUUGUUGAAAUUCGAAAAAGAACAUCUUGUCAAAGUUUGGGUGCAAUAGGCCACUUCUAUGCAGAUCAGAAAUAUGUUCGAUAUGUAAUCAAAACAAAUUGUUUGGCAGAACAUCAGACAACCAAGAUAGAACAUAAGACAGCCAAGAUCAAUUCAUACUAGAUUUUGAAAUUUCAUAGAAAUCAUACUUACAUAAAUUACAACAAUAUUUUUGAUUUGCAUGAUUUCAACCUGAUGAAAGUUCGAAGUCAAAAAAAUGUACCAGUUUUAGGCCAUAACUUGGACAAUCUAAAUAAUUCAUAAUAAUUUUCGUAAAUUUACAAAGAUCUUUAUGCUCGGAUUAAAGCGACAGAAUGAAACCAGUUUUUAUCAACUCUGAAUGAGCUCUAUCAAAUUUAUAACCAAGGCUAUACAACAAAAGCAAAAUGAACGAUUUUUGGUAUUUUCCGACUAAAAACGUGAAAAUUUCGACUCGAAAGUGCUUCUACCCAUACUUGAACACGAAUUUUGCCUAGAAGUAUCUGUCGAUUUUUGCCAAUUUUUAAAGUUUUAAGGCCUUGAGAAAAUUUAAGGCCUUACGGAUUUUACGAAAGUUUAGGGAUUUUUGUCAAUUUUUGAGAAAAUUUAAGGCUUUAGUAAAAACCCGUUUUUCUGAGUUUUUCUAAACCAAGACACCAAGAAAUUUCACUUUUUUCGUUGACGUUUCAUAUCAGAUUUUUGCAAAAUCACCUUUCUUAGACCUGCCAAGUUUUGGCAAAACAAGGCCUAUUCCUUUUUAAAAUGACCAAAUUUCAUCAAUAUGCUUAAAACAUUUUUCUACACAAAACAUUCCCACUUUUAUAGCAGAUUUCAUGCGAUUUUUGCCUAAUAGUUCACUUCUCUCGCAGCUGUUAAAUUAGGGAAAAAACAAAGCCUAUCAACCUGGACGAUGACCAAGUUCAACUGAAUUUUUUGUCACUCCAGAAAUGUUUACCUGUUUCUUUACGAACCAGAAGUAUUUUCAUACCAGAUUUGAUGAUAUAUUAGCCUAAUAAUUACAUUGUCUAGGACUGUUAAUUUUUGCUACAAAACAAUAUUAUACCUAGAUAAGCUUAAAUCCUCUGUCUUUUGGCUCUGAAGAAAAUCAAGUUUUAUAUGCCUUUUUCUAAAAUUUCCUUUGAAUUUUUCUUGCAAAAACAAAGGCUAUAACUGCAAAGUUAGAGAAGUUUACAAAGUCAUGUAAUAAAGCUAGACUUAAAGCGAUUAAAAUUGGGUUGUGAUUUUUCUUUUCGAAAUUCUAAACUCCUACCUAAGAACUAAACUCAUUCUAAGGCUGUACGCUUAAACUUGACCUAAUUUUAGGGAAAUCUCGAAGCUACUGGAACGCAGGUUUGCAGAAAAGUGUCAUGGUCCUGAAAGUUGUCUUAGUCACAAUGCUCGAAAAUAACACUCUCGUACAACUCCCUAAUUUGCUUUUGCCUACAUACGAAUUCCAAUUUAUUUCUCCCCAUUUGCGACAGAAACCGUCAAGAACAUGCUAAAUUAAUAUUAAAAUAUGCCGAAUAAAUAUAAUGGGGAUUAGAGAAGGGACAGUUUCCAAAUUAACACGGCAAA